CUCGCGGGAAGCGGAUGCGACUUCCUCCUCCUCCUGCGCUGCUGUCGUGUUGUUUUCUGAGGGGAGGCGAAGGCAAAGGCGGAGAAGAUGGUGGCGGAGAGCGACGGAGCGGAGGAUGGAGGCCGCAGAGUAUCUAGAAGAGCUUCCUGAAACAGAUGAACCUGCCUGGAUCUUGGGAAGGCAGCACCACCUUAAAACAGAAAAAUCUAAACUUCUUUCGGAUAUAAGCGCUCGCCUUUGGUUUACCUACAGAAGAAAAUUUUCACCAAUUGGUGGCACGGGCCCUUCCUCAGAUGCUGGCUGGGGCUGCAUGCUGCGAUGCGGACAGAUGAUGUUAGCCCAGGCUCUGGUCUGUCGACACCUGGGAAGAGAUUGGCAUUGGGAGGAACACAAAAAGCAGCCUGAAGAAUAUCACAGAAUCUUGCAUUGUUUCCUAGACAGAAAAGACUGCUGUUACUCCAUCCACCAAAUGGCACAGAUGGGCGUUGGUGAAGGGAAAUCUAUUGGAGAAUGGUUUGGACCAAAUACGGUUGCCCAAGUGCUUAAGAAACUUGCUCUCUUUGAUGAAUGGAAUUCUCUAGCUGUUUAUGUGUCUAUGGACAACACUGUGGUGAUUGAAGAUAUCAAGAAGAUGUGCCGGUUUCCCACCCAGAACUGUCCUGGUGCCCACUGCACUUCUCUAUCGCACAGGAGUCUGCUGAGCCGAAACAGGAGCGCUGGAGGGUUCUGCUGUGGAUGGAAGCCUCUGCUGCUGAUUAUACCUCUUCGCUUGGGGAUAAACCACAUCAAUCCAGUCUAUGUUGAUGCUUUUAAGGAGUGUUUUAAGAUGCCACAGUCUUUGGGAGCUUUAGGAGGAAAACCAAACAAUGCCUACUAUUUUAUAGGAUUUUUGGGAAAUGAGCUGAUUUACCUGGAUCCUCAUACUACCCAGGUUUUUGUAGAUUCUGAAGAAAAUGGCACAGUAGAUGACCGAAGUUUCCAUUGCCAGCAAGCGCCUCAUCGGAUGAAGAUCAUGAAUCUCGAUCCUUCUGUAGCAUUAGGAUUCUUUUGUAAAGAAGAAAAGGACUUUGAUAACUGGUGUAGCCUUGUGCAAAAGGAGAUACAUAAGCAACAGAGUCUGCGAAUGUUUGAAUUGGUUCAGAAGCAUCCACCACACUGGCCUCCUUUCAUACCUCCUACAAAGCCAGAAGUAACAACAACAGGAGCAGAGCUCAUUGAGUCCACUGAUAAACUGUUUGAAUUGGAAGAAGAGUUUGAAAUCCUGAGCGUAUGAAGGACGCUUCCUUUGACCUCUUGCACGCACCCAUGUGUAGCAUAUUGACAGUGACUAAGACCACGCGCAGCCUUUCUAGCCCCCAAGUGCCUGCAUACAAACCAUAAACAGAGCACAAGACCUGAACAGCGCCUGGAAUGGAGGAGAACCAUUCAGAAAGACCUUCCCAGGGAGGGAAGUGAAAAGAUUUUGGCCCUGGCUCAUGCAUCCCCCCCCCAAAUGUAUUCUUGUCUGAAGAAAGUGGGACUUUGGGGGGAACAACAAAGGCAAAAACGAUAUCGAAGUAAAGACUCUGGUAUAUUGCUGAGAACUGCCUUUGAAGGCAUCAAUAUUUGGAUGGCUAUUAUUACUCGAUGUAGUAUAUAAUGCAAUAGUUCUGCUCACGCUGAAAGCAUGUUGUUGAGGUAAAGGAGUGUGUGUUACCUCUUGUUCUUUCACAUGGACAGUUUUCAUAGGCACAAAUGUCCCUGUCUUGUUUUAAAAGAUCAGUUAGAUCAGGCAAAAACAGUGGUUUUGUAAAAGGGGUCCCCCCUCACGUUUCCGCAACCGCACUUCAGAAACCAACCAAGAAGCCCAGCUGUUUCUAUGAAAGGAACUCUCUCUCAUGAUGCGAUGUUACCUCCUGUUUCUAGGAGAUACGCAGAUGAACAAGGAGGACGUGGAGGGCUGCCUUCCAACUUCCCAGACAGACCCCUCUCUUUUUCCACUUCUAGGAAAGGAAGGAGGCUGCAAACAACAUGGAGCUCGCCGCCUCCCUACUUCUCAUGACAUAUUUCGCCUCGCCCUUAAAAGUUCCAAUCAUUAUGAAAAACAACAAGGUAAUUUUGUUAUAAUGGUAUCUUAUUUAUUUUAAAUUAAACAUUUACAGUUUCCUCCCUCUUGUAAGAGCACUUUAUGUGUGCAUUUAAUAAAUUUCUUAAAAACA